AUGAAUAUCGUCAUCCCAAAUCAAGUUGCGUUCUUCAAUAUUACUGCAGGCACUCGCCCUACAUGGCUUAUCUCAUCUAAUGAAACUAAUUUUGUUGAUACAGAUGAUGAUGGAAAAUCAGAUUCAAAUGAUUAUAUAUCUGAUGUAAAAAAUAAUGAAAAUGAGAAUACUGAAUCUGCUGAUGCAAAUGAGAACAAUACACCUAUUGAAAAAUCACCAUGGUAUUAUUCAGAUGAUCAUGGUUCAAGAUACGAUUCAUACCAAACAGAACCAGUUGAACCAGAUCGGAACGCAGUUAUAGCUACUGUUACUACUACUGUUUCGCAUUGGAACUAUAAUGCUGGUAUGAUAGUUAUCGGACUGAGUAUGUAUUAG